AAUCUUAGAUGAAAAAAAAUAUUUCAAUUUCGAAAAAUCAGCUACUUUCUUGGCGCAAAAUUUUAUUAAAUUAUUUGGGUUUCGGCAAUCGAUCAACGCAGUCGCAUUCUCCGAACAAUUUCCAGACGAGCGAUGAAGGUUUCUCUAGUUUUCUUCUUCUUGCUUGCUUCCACUUUAGUUUACGCGAAGAAAUCUAAAGAUGUAACUGAGUUACAGAUUGGCGUUACGGGUAGACCAGAAUCUUGUGACAUUCAAGCUCACAAGGGUGAUAAAAUCAAAGUUCACUACCGUGGGAAGCUCACAGAUGGGACUGUUUUUGACUCUAGUUUUGAAAGGGGUGACCCAAUUGAGUUUGAGCUAGGCGCUGGUCAAGUAAUUAAAGGAUGGGACCAGGGCUUAUUGGGAAUGUGUGUCGGUGAGAAACGGAAACUGAAAAUCCCUGCCAAGUUAGGGUAUGGACCGCAAGGUUCUCCACCAACCAUACCAGGUGGUGCAACACUUAUAUUUGACACUGAGCUCGUUGCUGUUAAUGGGAAACCAUCAAGUGGUGGAAAUGGAAACUCAGAUGAGGAUGGCAGUGAUCUGUAGUGAAACCAACUAUUCUACCACUAGAAUCAGUCAGUCCCUUUGAUUUCUUACAUGUGUUUUGAUUGCCUUAUCUGUGAAAAACCCAAAAGUUUAAGGAUCUGACUGAUGAUGGCAUAAGUCUCCUCUGUAUUUGAAUUAUAGAGAUACUUGGCAAUCUUCUCCAAGUUUAAUUCCUUCCUUUGUUUACCCAUUUUGCAUAAUUUUUUAAAGAUUUCUUUUGGGGAAAGGACCACUCCAACAUUAGCUACAUUUCUAAAUGAAUUUGUUCCUUUGGAAAUUUCCUGAAAAA